AUGACCUCCAAUCAAGCCGAUGAUGAACUGUUCACGAGGGCUAUCUCCGGGUAUCGCGACGCAUUUUUGGUCAGGCACUCCCACCUCCCGGAAUUCGAACGAAAUCGACUUUGGAGGCAACGGAUCAGCGCCUUCAUCGACCAUCCCGAGAAACCUGGCAAACGCUCUCGACAGGAUGCUACCCCGCGGACGCUUCCUUCUGGUUCUGGUCUACCGCAGGCGAAACGGCGAGCCACCACCCCGGACUUGCCCAUGAGCGUUGAGCUCCGGCGCACCCUUUCGCAGUCCUCCCCGCAGAUGCCACGAAAGGUAUCUCCCGGAUCCUAUCGACACACGGCCAUGGUCCGCUCCCAGAGCCAGCACAUCCCGGUCUCUUACUGGCAUCCGUCAGCUGGGGCUGGAAUGAACGGCAAGCGACAAUCUUUCGGACAGACUCGGACUCCGCAACCGCUUGACCAUGUCGAUGAGUAUUCGCCUUCUGACUAUGCGAAACACCUGGAUGAACCCGAUAACCAGGCCUAUUCUUCGGCGCUUACACUUGGGCUUGCGACACAUGGAUCAAAUGGACCGACAUCGUAUCCCCAUCUUGGACAUCCAUCUCCUCCGUUGACCGACUCGUCCCCGGCCACAGCUGUGGGGAUGACCCGCAGCGCUACAGCGGACACCAUCAUCGAUGGCUUCGACACCUUCCAGUUCGACUCAAAUGAACGUGCGGAUCUGGAAGCCCAUUUCUCCAUCCCCCCAGAGUGGGUGCCCACAUCCACUUCUGGUCUUUCGUAUCAUGAACCCUUCCUUCCUGCCAUGUACCCUGACUUAGAUUCCGCCGCGUUCCCAUUCUAUGCGCCAUCCUUUUCCACCUCUGCACCCCCGACCACCUCCUUCCGGCGGCCCCUCCCGUCGGGUCUCCCUAUGAUAGAGUCCGUGGAGAUGAAACCAUCGAUAUCCAAUGAGAGCCACAAUUCGAUCGAGGCGACCCCAUCUCGCGCAGUACGACGUGCGCAAGAGCAGAUUAUACAGGCAACUCGUCCCAUCGCACCCAAGCAGGAGUCGCAGGAAAGCAUCGUUGUGAAGAGCGAUCGAUCCGAUCCGCAUAGAAUGGUCCGCAUCUCGUCUACAGACGGCACGACGAGAGAGGUGGCAGAAAUUCCCAAAGCCCCAAUCCAACGACCAGCACGAGCGAAGACCUACUGUCAUCUCUGCAACGACCAACCCGAGGGAUUCCAUGGUGAACACGAAUUGCGACGACACAUCGAUCGUGUGCAUGCCACAGUACGCAAAGUGUGGGUGUGCGUGGACAUCUCACCCGAUAAGACAUUCCUGGCAAAUUGCAAAGCCUGUCGCAACGGCAAGAAGUACGGCGCCAACUACAACGCCGCAGCGCACCUGCGACGCACGCAUUUCAACCCCUGUCAGCGUGGCCGAGGCGGGCGCGGGAAAGACAGUGAAAAACGCGGCGGUAAGGGUGGAGGCAACCAUCCGCCGAUGGAAGUGCUCAAGCACUGGAUGAUGGAGACGCAAGAGAUAGCCGAUGAGAAGGUGGUGAGCAGCUUCAGUCCGGCGACGCCCGGCGAUAGACAAAAGACCAUGUCUGGCGAGAACAAAGCGCAGAAAGACCCGGGCAUGGAUCCAGCCCUCAUGCAUGGGUAUGAUUCCUUCCCCGUGGCAUCGUUUGAUUUGGAUGCCACGCGGGACACGCCGUACUAUCUCGACGGGCAGUCGCUCCCGGAAUUGGAGUAUGUCAUGUGA